AUGCAAAUUGAUCAGGUAAUCGAAGCCAGAAGAAACUAUCCAUCGAAAUUACUUCUCAUAUUUCUUUCUCAUCAAUUCAAGCCUCGACUAAUUUUUUUCCAAUGA